AUGGAAAACUCGGAAGAAGGUGCUAGUGUGCGCUCAUCCUCUAGACCAACGUCUCCUACUCCGCGUCUGGCGCCCCAUCCCAAACUGUGGAAGAUAAAGCUGUUCGCAUAUCUCGUCCUGCUUUGUGUGAGCACAUGGGUCGGAGUCCAUUACGAGCAGCCUGGCGAUGUACGGUACAGGGAUUCUAUUAAGGAGGCUGUUGCACACCCUCGAAAACAAGGCUACGGAAAGCAAGAGAAAAUAUUCAUUGCUGCGAUGUUCUACAAUAACGAAUAUAUCAUCCCAUACUGGCACGAUACCCUUAUCAAAGUCAUUCACUAUCUUGGUCCAGAUAACGUCUUCGUCUCUAUCGUUGAGAGUCACAGUACCGAUGAAUCUCCGCAGCUCCUUGACGCACUAGAUGCGGACCUGGCCCUUUUGGGUGUGUCACGGCGCAUACUCACGAGAGAUAAAGCAGUACCAAAGCCCGACGAUAUGCGCGGAAACAACCGCAUUGAAUUUCUAGCCGCUACACGUAAUCGAGUAAUCGAGCCCCUGAUAGUAGGAGGGUAUGAUAGGGUUGUGUUCUCGAAUGACAUAUUUAUCGAGCCCGAGAGCUUCGUCGAGUUGUUGGAAACGAACAGCGGGGAUUACGACAUGGCAUGUGGCCUAGACAUGGGACAUUUUGGUGCAUAUGAUAUGUGGGUUCUUCGAGAUCGACAGGCAAAACUAGCUAGUGCAAUCUGGCCAUAUUUCUUCGACGAAGCUGAUUAUAAAGCAAUGCAUACCGAGUCUCCUGUACCCGUAUUCACCUGCUGGAACGGCAUCGUGGUCUUCAAUGCAGAUCCUCUUCUUCCGAUAGCCUUACGCUCUAACCGCACGCUUUCCAAUGAUCCUCUGCCAUACGAAUUGCCGGCAACCCACCCAGCAGCACACAAUACCUCGAUGCAGGGUCCGAGUCCUGCUCUGACACCCCCAAUACGAUUCCGUGCAUCUGCGCCAGAGGAAUGUUUUUCGUCAGAAAGUUUCCUACUCCCAUAUGAUAUGAGACGACAGUUCAAUCUACAGAACAUAUAUCUCAACCCAAGAGUGAUCAACGCUUACGACUGGAGGUUUUAUUUCUACUUCAAGUGGCUUAUGCGCCACCCCGUGCUCCAGUGGUGGAUCGAAAAGGUGUAUGAUGGUGCAUGGAUGGCAAGAUCUGUGCUUGUCGUGGGCGAUGCAGAGAAGGUUUCUUGGUGGGACGGUGGAGACUGUCAUCCAUGGUGGUAG